GAGGCGCUUUGCAGAAGUGCUUUGCGGGUUGGGCACGAGGCCGGGCCGGCGCCCGGGGUCCCGGCCGGCGGCGCUGAGGGCAGGCGGAGCUCGGCUCGCCAGCGGCAUCCCCCAAACCUGUCGGAGCACGAGCGGCGGGAGGAGCGCGGGGAGCCUGCCGGCGGCGUUAACCACACCCCGAAGGGACAGUCACCAGGGGGUGGGUGGAGACACGCGGCAAGUGCCAGGAGCCGCUCUCGGCGCGGAGGGAAUAACACGGAGCCGGCAGCGCGCAGGGUGCCGCCACCGCCGCCGGGUGCGGGAGAGCGGGAGCCGGGAGCUGGGAGCUGCCACAUCCCGGCGCCGCCUCGGCCCGCAGCCGGGCUCCCCCGGCACCGCCAUGGGCUCCCCGCACACCCCGCCGCUGGCCCACGUCUUCAGAGGGACCUUCGUGCACUCCAGCUGCGCCUCGCCCGCCGACAUCCUGCACGGCCGCCUGCUCGGGGUGGACGACACCGGGAAAAUUGCGUUUUUGGAACAAACUGACCAGCAAGAGCAACUGGCUAAGAAAUGGGGCUUCAGAGCAUCUGAUAUAAGAGAACUUAGUAAUCAUGAAUUCUUCAUGCCAGGAUUGGUUGAUGCACAUAUCCAUGCACCUCAAUAUUCAUUUACUGGUACAAGAGUAGAUCUACCUCUUUUGGAGUGGUUAAAAACCUACACAUUCCCAACAGAAGCCAAAUUCAAAGAUAAUGACUAUGCUGAAGAAGUGUACACAAGAGUUGUAAGAAGAACACUAAAAAAUGGCACGACUACAGCAUGUUACUUUGGAACAAUUCACACAGAUGCUUCCCUGCUUCUGGCUGAAAUUGUAGAUAAAUUUGGUCAGCGAGCAUAUGUUGGCAAAGUUUGCAUGGAUAUUAAUAAUGCUGUUCCAGAAUACAAGGAAACCACUGAUGAUUCUGUCAAGGACACAGAAAGGUUUGUUAAAGAACUUCUUGAAAAGAAAUAUCCAAGGGUACAUCCCAUAGUGACACCUCGUUUUGGACCUUCCUGCACUGAAGAGUUGCUGUGUUCACUUGGUAACUUAGCGGAAGCUCACAAUAUCUAUGUGCAGAGUCACAUCAGUGAGACAGAAGGAGAAAUGAAACUUGUAGAGGAAAUGUUUCCUACUUAUAAAAAUUACACUGAUUUAUAUGACAAAAACAAGCUACUUACAAGCAAGACAGUGAUGGCCCACGGCUGUUAUCUCUCAGAAGAAGAGCUGGACAUUUUUAAUCUUCGAGGAGCUUCAAUUGCCCAUUGCCCCAACUCCAAUUUUUUGUUGUGUAGUGGCAAUUUAAAUGUGCGAAAAGUUCUGAAACACAAAGUGAAACUGGGCUUGGGCACAGAUGUUGCUGGUGGGUAUUCAGCUUCCAUGCUGGAUGCUAUAAGGAAAACAAUGAUUAUGUCUAAUGGCCUUAAAAUAAAUAAAAUCAAUGAGGAAGGCCUAACAAUUAAAGAAGUUUUCCGACUAGCAACUCUUGGAGGAAGCCAAGCUCUAGGACUAGAUAAUGUAAUCGGAAACUUUGAGGUCGGAAAAGAAUUUGAUGCACUGCUGGUCAACUCCAAGGCGUCAGACAGUCCCUUUGAUUUGUUUGCUGCUGAUACUUUUGAGGAUAGCUUCCAGAAGUUCCUGUAUCUAGGUGAUGAUCGGAAUAUUUCUGAAGUGUAUGUGGCUGGCAAGCAAGUGGUUCCUUUUUCGAGUUCAGUAUAAUUCUGUUUCCCUUCUGCAAAACUGUCUGCUGACCAUUCUACAUCUGAAUCUGAAAGGAUUGGUUAAACACAGUGCCUCAUUGUCAAGAAUGACACCUAACAUUUUUGUUUAAUGUUGUUACUGUGUAGAAUAUUAUAAAUAUCAUUAGAUCUAUUAAGAUUAAAGUUACCAAAAUUAUCACAUUUGUAAGAAAAACAUUGCAUUUGAAUCCAACUCCAUAAAUCACAUGGGGGGGGGAGGGGGGGACUAGAAAAACAGGGUAACUAUUAUUCAUUAUUUCAUAAGCAUCAGGCAGUCAUCAAGAAAAUGUAGGAAGAGUUAAUAGCAAUGAUGCAAGAGCAACUUGUCUCUGAGGAAUCGUAAGCAAAACACCCCCAAAAAACUGUAAAUCCAUUUUUAAAAAGAUGAAUGUCACACUAGAGUGCAGGUUCCUCAUUAUUGUGAUUAGAUGUGGGAAUCUCAAUGACAUUUUUAUAUUUAUACAUUUGGAAUAUAUUUUAAAGUUCUGGGGUGCUCAAAAAUUUUAAAAUAUUUUCCCUGUAUUUUAGAUAUUAUUUUUUUCCAAUAGAAAUGUAGCAAGAAACAUGCAUUUAUAAAUAAGUGGAAGCCUGAGCUAAGCAAAGAGAAAACAUUGGUGUUGAUAGUAAGCUGGCCCUACUUCUAGGACUGGCAGAAGCAUCAAACAAAAAAUAUGCAGCUCUUCACAGAGUUUGUAGACUGCCAGAACCAAAUGCAACUUAAACCUCAAAUGUUUUUAGUUAUAUACUGAUUGGCUAAAUUCUCCUCUCAUGGUGGUUCUCAGCCUUUUUUGGACUCAAGGAACCCCUCCAUAACUUUUGUGAAUUGAGUGACAUCUACAUUCAAAAACUAAUUUAUGUAUUGCAGUGUUUGCCUCUUUACAGGGGGGUGGGAGGUGGCAGUGGGGGAUCAGCCAGGCAGGGGCAAGCUUGAGCCUGUGCUGCUUAUCUCUUCACUACUUGUUUAUGUCCUCAUACCUCGUGGUACCCUUCAAAGCAUCUGGUGGCAUCUCAGGGUGCUACAACUCAUCAGUUAAGAAUCACUGAGCUAAAUUAACUUCAGUAGAGUUCUGUCCAAAUCCAGUUAGAAACUGCCUCUGAUUUUUUCCAGAAAGUCUGUGCGAUUAACCUCCUCCCCUGCACAAUACAUUUCCCUACAUUUUAGCUGAGCCAUUUUGCCUCAUGGGAUUUGGCUGUUAAUUUGCCCACUUGCUGGCCUACUGCCUCCUUUUCAUGACUAUUUCACAAUGUAAAGGAAGCACAGUUGAAUUUAAAUAUCCUCAGAGACAUUUCUUCCACAAUACUGUGUUGAGUAACCUCACUGUUUACUAGCUGAGCAUGGCUUUAAGGCCUGACCAAAUCCUUUAGAAAUCAGUGUAAAGAUUCAAUUUAUUUCAGUGGGCUGUAGUUCAAUCCCUUAAUUCAUUGCUGGAUGCUGCAGAGGCAGUUGACCUCUUUUUAUUCAUAGGAUGGGGGGCUGUUUGUGUGGGAGACUCUCCUUUAAAUACAGUUUUAAGAGAAUCAUUGGCCCAAAUUGCCAACAAAAUAUGUUCAGAUUUAAAGGAUAUUUGUUUCAGCGUGCUAAGAAUCAAUGAGCCUCCUUAGUGUUAGUCAUAUUUAGAUUCUUGAAACUGAUUAGGAUUUUCAUACUUCUCUCCAGUAAAUAUACCUAGAAUGGUUUAGAGACCUAUUUGUCAUCUGCUCCAGUCUCCUACACAAUAACCCAUUUUCCUGGCCAUGAUCUCCCCUUGCACUUCAACUUCUUUUCCUGGCUCAGGAAGUGUUUUUCCUUACAACUUUUAACAUGCAUUUAAAUUAGCCUCACUUUUCCCUUCCAAACCAAAGAUUUGUGCAGUUUCAGUCUCCUUCAUUAUUGCUUGGAAUUAUCUUUAGAGGAAUGCAAGGUUUGCAGCUGUGGCUCUCCUGCAGGAAUUAGUCUGGGAUGGAGAAAACCUAUAAAGUCUCUGAGCACAAAACCAUCUUUUUGUUCUGACUGAGUUGUGGGAUAAAAAUAUGCACUUCUAUUUUAGGCUGUAGGCCAAAUGAUGCCUAAUUGUAUCACUUUCCAUCCCCUUUGUAGUUUUUAAUGCUUUUUAAAAUCCAGGUUAGGUAUAAAAAAAAAGUAACCUUUAGCUGAAAUGAGCUCAACAUCUCUCAAGUGGCUCAGCUAUAAGGAAAUUCUGUAGUAUAGCUGCUAUUUGAGAUAAUUCAACAUGUAGUCUUAGCUGUGGUAACAUGCCAAUGGGCUUCCCACAAAUUUUGGCACAAGAUGAAAAUAGUAGCUACCUGCCAUUGUCUGUCUGGCAAACAUAAAACUGGAAAUAAAUGGCAUUUUUUUUAAUCUACCAAGGAAGAUCAGCUUUUGCAGAGGAGUGAAGUUCAGUGACCUCCACAGCACCAUACCCUCCCCCAAAUCCAAUAGCAUGUGUACAAGGAUAGGAGCCAAGAAGGGGUUAAGCAGCAUAGGGUAGGGUUAGGUUAUGGAGGGACUUUACAAUAAAGAACAAAGCCCAUGUUUGAUGUCAAGGUUGAAGAGAAGCCAAUAGAGGGGCUCUUAAAAGGUGCUGAUGUGACUUGCAUUUCUUGUACAAUCCAAGAACCAUUUUAGCAGAAAUGUCGCAAUUAGACUGGAGGGGAGCUUGACUGCAAUACAUGAAGGCCAUAAAAGAAGGGUCCCAGUUGAGGCCCCUUCCAGGCGGUUCAUGGAGCUAGGGCCUCUGCAUGGAAGGUUUUGUGACUCCAGGGGAUCCCUAAAGAUAUGCAAAGUCAAGCAGCCAAACUAUUGCAAAGCAGAUUUGGGGGAAGUCACUGGGGAUCCCAUUGUAGAAAUAUACUGUUUAGGGCUGGUAUAGAAUUCUGUUACUAACCAAUCCCCACAGUCAUUGAAUUGCCCACAGGAAGGCGAAUCAAGUCACAAACCCUCACAAAAACCAAACUCUACAAGCCAUAAAAGGGACAGAAGAUCCUUGGUUGGUGUAAAAAUUGUCAUAGCACCAUUGACUUCAUCUGAACAUCUGACCCAAUGAGUUUAGAGGGAAGAUAGAACCUGUGGAAGAGCAUAGGCCCAACUUUCCAGAUACCCAUCUUAGUUACCGUCCCAGACUGUGGACAGAAUCUUAGUUUCUUUCCUGUUCAGCGUCAGCAUUUGAUUCAGACAAUGAGAAAAGGGAUGGGUUAUAGAAGGCUUGCUCAUUGGACACCAUGCUUCAUGCCCACUAUAUUCAGACUAGCACACUUACCUAUUGUAAAUUGAAUCUAUUUGAAAUUUUUAUAUGUUUUAUCUUUUUGUGUCAUUUCUAAACCUUAUGUUUUCAGUUAUUUAUGAAAGUGCUAAAUAUUGCCUGUGCUUUUUGCAGCAUUAUUUGAAUUAUUCAUGUGUGGCAAGUGGAGUUCCUCCCCUUAAAAUAUUGCUUUGGCCUAAUGUCUAUUUUAGUCUGUGAUUUUUGCAGAAAGCAAAGCUUUAUAGACCUAGGGAGAGAUGUAUUUAUUCAUUGGUAUUGAAUGUUGUUAUGGAAUGUUUUCAUUCUUCCAGAAAAGAAAAGUUAAAAGAAGCAUGUUAAGAAAUUUAUACCUGAAUAUUGGUUUGGGUAGUGUGAGAACAGUGAUUUGAUAGACACUGAUAUAGAUUUGUUUUUUAUAUUAAAAAUAGAAACAGGCCUUUUAAUUUAACUGUGCUUCUGGAAUGUGAAUUAUCCAACACCCCAGCACUGUUGUUGCUACACUGACAGUGACUAAGAACGCUGGUCUAGUUUAUCACUGCGCUAUACAAAAUAGAAAAGCAACUAAACAAGUAGACCUGAGUUCUUUUAAAGACUAUUAGUUUUAGAAAUCAAAGAUAUAUCCAGUAUAACUUGGAUAAAGACGUUAAAAAUACAUAACCUUAAGUGUUCCCAUAGUUAAUCAUUAAUAAAGGGAAAGGAGCGCCAUCUUUGAAUAUUAUAAUGCACUUAUGCAAAUCAAAGAGAUAGCCUUAUCAGGAUUAUUGUGUGCAGUCACAGCUUCUCAAAAAGGAUAUUAGAGAACUAGAAGGUGGUUCCUUGUCUCAAGACACAAGAACCAAAGGAAAAGUAAAGGAAAUUCAAAACUGACCAAAGGAAAUACUUUUUCACACUUUGUGUGAUUAAACCAAUAUAUAGGAAGUCAUUGCUAUCGGAAGUCAUUGAGGUCAUUGAGGUCAAAAGGUCAAUAAAAUUCCAACCAGGAUCAGGUAUUGACAUGGAUAACACCGUCACAGGUUACCAGUCAUCAUAAAAUCAUAAGGAUGAUUUUUUUUUUUUAAUUAUUCGGUCUCAUGCUUCAGGCCCGUACAGAUGAGGCUGAAGCCCAAAGGGCAUGCCUGGUUUCAUUGCUUCUGGGUUCUUACAGCUUCCGCUGAAGUAUCUGGCUCCAUCCACGUCAAAGAUAGGACCCUCGAUUUGACAUAUGGCAAUUUCUAUAUAAACAAGAUAUUGUGCCCCUGGCUUCUGUUGUGAGAUAUGAAAAUAAUGACCAAGGCCAACCAAUAAUUCUAUAUAGCUAAUGUAACUAUGCUUUUAAAAUGUAUUAUAUAAAAAAAAAAAUAACUCUACAGAAAAUAUCAUCUUCUAAAGAAGACAGAGAGAUCUAAUAAUUUUUAUACCCUGAACUCCACAAUACUUUAGGAGCCAAAAGUCUCCCAACAUUGGUCGCAGGAUUUUGUGAACAGACCCUGCUGAUCUCCAUAAUGAAGCUGGAAAGUGAAGUGUGUAUGAAUCAGUUUAAGAGGAAAAAAGAAAACAAACAAACAACUUUAAGAGCCAAAAUGUCCAAAGUAAAUUGUCUUAGGAACAAAGACUGAUGCUUUCCCUGUCCUCCUUCCUUGAAUGAAUGAAACACUAUUUUGGAGAGGGAAUUAUCUUAUGAUUUUUUUAUUUAAAUUGUUUCUCAGAAUACCUAGAGUUCAGAGCCUUUACCAGCUCUUUAGAUUCCCCUUAUAUGAUGCCAGUGACUUGUGCAUAGAAAUCAGAUAUAGAUUAACUUCCCCAGUGUUCAGGAUUGUUCAUGUCUGUGGGCUAGAUGGUUCCUGGUUUCUAGGACCUUUCAUUUAAAUUUGUAACUUAUGAAUUAUUGAAAGAGGAGGAAGAUCUGCAUAAUACAUUAUUCUAGGUUACUUGGUUUUACAUUUCAGCUAAGAGGGCUUGUGUACAUUAGAAAAUGUCAUUGUGUUUAAACAAUUGUUUGUUAUUACUGUGUUUGAAUAAUGCAGAAUUUAAGUACUUAGCGGUCACUGAAAAUAAGGACAAAUCACAUUCAGUAUUGUGUCAGCAAGUACUAAUCUCUGGUUAAUACCAAAGUUUUCUGUGAGUUACUGACAUGUUGCUGAACAUAACUUGUCCUAGUCUAUGCUGAUUAUAGAGCUGGGGUCAGCAUUUUAUUGUCUAAUGCAAGUGCUCCCAAUGGUUUCUAAAUACAUUAACAUUUUCCAAUGUAAACAGGCCUUCAGCUGAAGAGGCCCACACUCAUUGCAACUAAAUGGUUUCGCUCCCAUUGUCAGACAGUGUUUGGCACCUCCUUUGGACUGGGUAUGUUGGUAGGUUUUAUGGUAUGGAUGCCAGUCCCAUAGGAUCUGCUUGAGACACCUUAUGGUCAAGCUCAGCUGACAGUAAAGUCCCUAGUUAGCGGGAUAGGGUGGCAUUAACUGAUAUACACCUUAUUGUAUAUAUCAGAAUAUCCUAUUGUAGGUCAUUGAUGGUAUAACGUUUACUAAAGGAUUAGACUGAAGUUGUACAAAGCAGUUGUAUAAACUUGUCUAGGCUGCAUUAGCUGAAGACACCAAAACAUCCAGAAUGCAGCCCCAGAUGUUCCUUUCACCCUCUGGAAUCAGAAGUAGGCUAUCCCAUUUCCAGCUACAUUUAGUGCUGCUGCUGUAGUAGUAGGCAGUAAUAAUAGGCAUCUGUCUGUUUCAUGAGAUAAAAGAAUUGCACUGAGUGAGGCAUCAGCAUGCUGAACAUCUGCCCUAGUGCCAUACUGCAGACAGGCUACCUAGUCUGUGUACAAAGGGAUGCACAUUUGGCCAUGCUGCUUCCCAGGGAGGUAGCCCGUUGCUGCCUUCUGAAUGGGAAACAGCAUAUCUAUGUGCAUACAACACUGUGUUCAAACUAAUUAGAGCUGCUUCUCAAGAGAGCCAAUUAGCAUAGCCACAGGGAAUCUCCAUCCCUGGAAAUUUUCAAGAGCAGGUUGGACAGGCACUUGGCUGGAAUGGUUUAGUCAUGGAUGAUCCUGCCUUGAGCAGGGUCUGGGACAAGAUGACUUUGUGAGGUCCCUUCCAGCCCUCCUUUUCUAUGAUCCUAUGUGCACAAGACAGAGGCAGAGUUAACCUGUGUACAGCACUGCGGAUGCCUAGCUGUACUGCUUUCAGUUCAACCCAAAUCAAACCAGAAGUAGCACAGCUGCAUUCACGUGGUGCUAAGUGUGCGGGCCAGGAGCGAUCCGGGCCCUUUUUUGCGCCGCACGGGCUGUGGCCAGCAGCCCGGGCACGCUGGGUCGGAGAAAACAGGCGGCACGCUAGAAUUAGUCACGGACGCGUAAUGGUCGAUUCAAGAUUGUUUACUUACACCGAAGAUGGUCGCGGUGUAGGCUGGACAGUUUGCCAGGCACAGCUCCGCUUAAAUCCUUGUUUGAGGACUCAGACAAUAUUCGGCACUCCCACAGAGUUGUCGAGGCUCCGUGGAUCCUUUUGCGCGCAGGGAAAGGGAUACGUCGAGGAUUGCGAACGGCGACGGGAAGAGGCUAGAGGCUGAUCAGACCUCUGUUGCCUGCUUGAAAUGCGCUGGGUCCAAUAGGUUCCGCAGCGCUUAGAGAUCUUCACACAGCGUGAAGUCUCCUCCUCCUGGUGUUCGUGGAGUCCUCCAAUUUGGGCGGAAACCACUCAAGCUUCUUAUACGGCUAGCAAGCCAAUCACUAGCCGCCACGUGUGAAUAAUUUAAUGCAAGCCAAUAACGGGGCUCGAAUUAUAAUACAAAUGGCGGGAACUCUUUGCACCGUGCAUCUCUGUGCUGCAAAGAAGAAAUGCACACUGCAAAGAAAGCUACAAUUUGGCGGGAAAAUAAUUCAGUGGUGCCAAAGCACACACAAAAAAAAUCACACCCUUGGGUUGUGACACUAAGCAGUAUUGUACAAGAAUCAUAGAAAAUAAGGGUUGGAAGGGACCUCAGGAGGACAUCUAGUUCAACCCACAGCUCAAAGUAGGACACCAACUAUAUCAUCCCAGCCAAGGAUUUGUUUACCCAGGUCUGAAUAACCUCCUUUAAAACUACAUUCUGGAACCUUAAAAUCUUAAAAACUACAGGUAUUUGUAGAUGACAGGGGUUUAAAUUGAAGCGGUGUUUUUUAAAAAAAUGCUUCAAGUUAGGGUAAAGUAAACCCCCGGGUUGUAUACACCCGUGUUGGAACCAGAUCCUUACCUGCCUCUCCAGCGGCGGGGAGGGGAGAGCGAGCUGCUGGCGGGCUGAGCAGUCCUUGAGCUGCAGGGAGGGGCACAGUCAUGCUUCCCUUUGUGGCAGCAGCACCACCUCCCCCAGGUAGCACUCACCCUCAGGUACCCAGCUUGGCUUGUGGAGGGAAGCACCGGGCCCACAUGCAGCUCAGGAAGGCAGGCAGGCUCCAGGGAAGCAAAAAAAAAAGAUCAAGCUCACCACUUUUUUUUUCUUCAUUGCUGCCUGCCUUCCUGGGCUGCUGCCAGGCUGCCUGCUGGGGCUGUCUGCACAGGCCCUGAGCUACAUGGAGCCUGGUGAUUCCCUCUGUGGCUGAAAGGUAGCAAACUAAAAUUCCUUGGAGGCAUUUUAGUUUGCUGCAUCCCAAAGUCAUUUGCUAUGCCCCAAAGUCAUUACACUGCCAAAUUUGCUACAGCAGCUGGAAUCAACGCACAAUAUGCUGCCGAAUUUGCAAACUUGUGCAAACAGCAACACGAUUAAAGUGGUGCAAAAGGGCAUUUAACCUGCUUUAAUGUGUUGUCUACAAAUGCCCUACAUUCCUUCAAUAGCUGAUCUGGAACAAAUCUUGUUUAUAUUUGGGUCUCAUUUGAAAUUUGAGACAAUUCAAGACAGUUGGUCAAUUUAGUUCUGCUGGUGAAACCCUAGUUUGAUGUAAGCUUUGCCUUCAUCAAAAAUACUGAGACAUGGAUGUGGCAGCUCUCAUUACAGUAUGUACUCUUUCUUCCCCUUCCAGGGAGUAAUCUACACCUCACUGGGGCCAGUUUUGCUGAAUUUGGCCCAAUGGUUCUGUCUACCUAUUUUUGUUAUAUGUAAGACCUGUUGUUUUCUUUCGGUAUUGAUUUUGUUCAAAAUACCUAACCAAAACAAUGUUCAGUUUCUCCUUUCUGUUUUAAUUACGUAUAUUUUGGAAGAAAGAGUAUACAUUUGGAAUGAUGGUAAUUGCUAUCUGCUCCAUUUUGCUUGUUUUUGAUUGUGCUAAAUGGGUACCCUCGUGCUUUUGAAACAAAAUAAAGAGGCCUUGUGUUUACAUUA